AUGGAUAACACUAUCCCAACUUCACCUACUAAUCAAUGGAUGGAUAUUGGAAUGCCAUAUUACCAACAAACUGAUUUUGGUAUAGCAAAUCCUUAUGAUCAGUGUUUCUCUGAUUCCACUAUCAUAACCACAAGCACUACUCAAAACACUAUUGAUCAACAUCAAUAUUCCAGUACUUUAAGUCCUGAAAAUUCUUCACAAAUUGCUGGAAAUGAUGAUAUUCACGAGUUGAGUCCUAAAACCAGCAAAGGGAAACCGAUUCGAAGGCGGAGUCGAGCUUCCAAGAAAACCCCUACAACUCUUGUCAACACAAGCAUCACGAAUUUUCGAGCAGCGGUGCAACAAUACACUGGAUGUGAUCAUACUUCUCCAAUAUUCAAGAAUCAAAAGGGUCCAAUUAACCUAAGUUUCGGACCAUCAACUGAUGACGUUCAGACUGAAUUUUUUGGAAGUAAUUUAGUAGGGGAGGGCUCUAGGAAUUAUGGAUACUAUUCUAAUUAUGAAGAUCAGACUGAGAGAUCAAAGGACAAAUUACAGCAAGAUCAAGAGAGUGGUACUUCUCCUUCUGCUGCUUAUAGUAAUUCUGGAAAUAGUAAGUUGAGUGUGGACGAUUAUGGAAUAUGGUAG